AAGUGGUGAAUUAAUCUGCAGUGAGUAUAGGAAAAUUGACGCUCAGGGAUUUGCUUCAAUUUCGGAGUUGUUUGGAUAUUUUUCACGCUAUAACUACAUAAAGUUUGAAGAUAAAGUUCAGCUGAAAAUGCGAGGUGGACGUGGAUUUUCGCGUGGGAGUUUCCCACGUGGUGGCAGCUCGUACAGGGGAAAUUCGAGCAGUUCCUAUCGCGGCGGAGGUUCCGGCCGCGGAGGUUCCGGGAGUGGCUACAACGGGAGCGGAGGACGAUAUUAUGAAAACAACUCGUACAGCUCUUCCCAUGGCUCUCGAUACACCGAUAGCAGGUCAUAUGGGGGCCGAGAUCACUCUAGUGGACCCCCGUUCAAACGCACUUCCAGUCAUCGGGAUUUUCGGUCGCCAGACAGGAAGCGCAUGCGAACUGACAAUCAGGGUAUGCCACCGCCGAGACGCAGUCACGAGUCAUACGGAAGCUCAGUGGAUCGUGGCUACAGUGGUGGAUCAUAUGACAAGCCCAGCCACUAUCGUGGCGGCAGUGGAAGCCGCGCCGGACGUCACAGCCACGCAUCACCGCCGCCAUCGCGUGGCUCAUCCUUCCGGAGUGGGCGCAGUGACACUCGGGGCGGCAGCACGCAUCGCCAGCGCAACGACGGCCCGAUGGGGCCUCCGCCGCCACGCCACAACCGCGUCACAGGCUUCCGUGGACGCGCCCCGCCGCCCAGCCGCGGCGGCGGAGUGAUAAGGGCUCGCGGAGGAGUUGCCCUGGCCCGCAAGCGAAUCGAUAUGCGCAUGAAGGUCAGAUCUAGAGAGAUUCUGCAGCAGAAACUGGCGAGAAUGAGGAGCUCCUUGAGAAAGCGUCCACCGACACGCACGUCAGAAUCAUCGACCGGGAAGAAGGAGAAUGAAGAAAAGAGGAUUAAAAGUGAACCGUUGAAUGAAGAUGACGACGAUGAGAGUCAAUCCAAGGCGGAUGGCUCAAGUGACGCCAUCGGAAAGGUAAAGUCCGAGACGGAGGCGGAAAAAGACGACGCUGACGCGACGGAAGCGGAUGUUGAUGGUGAGAAGGGUGCAGAUGCGCCCAAGAAGAAGAAUGCUGAUGAUGAUAAUCUGCCCAAGAGUCGCUUCACUGGAAAGUCCUUCAUCAAGCUCACGUGCGUUCACUGCUGCUCCAAGUUUCUCACAUUUAAGGCUUACAGCCGUCAUCUCUACGGCGGAGGCCAUCGACAAAGCAUGUUUCGCCUGUCGCGCGAAUUGAAGGAAAAACUGACGUCCAUGCGACUCGUUCAGCGGAGCGAGCAGCGUGAUUUAGAAAAGGACUUGACCGAGGACGAGAUCAACACACGUCCACAUUACUGUCUUCUUUGUCGCCUCAGCUAUCGCCAAGAGAGGACUGUUCAUCAGAAUUCUGACGGUCACAAGUCCAUGAGGCGCUUCCUGUUGCCGUACUGUGGUACGUGCAAGCUGAGCUUCAAGUCGCCAAUGCUGUAUGAGACCCACAGAUGCUCUCUGGAGCACAUCAAGAAGAAGGCUCGUCAGGAUGCGGCGAAGAAUCGCACGGAGAAUAGCGAGGAUGAAUUGGAACUGGAGAACUUCACGACACUGGAUUCCGUGGGGAGUGUCGAUGAGGAUCCAGACAUAGCUGAUCCUAGCGAGAUUGAAGAACCGUCGCCAGAUAUCAAUGUGGGUGCUGAGCAUGUGAAGAAGGUGGAGACGCUGUAUUGCGAACUGUGCCGUGUUUACAUGUCUCACCGAGAUGAUCCUGAGCGUGUGUUGAGUGUGCACUGCAGCGGCCGUGGCCACUUGCGUGCUUAUCUGCGCUUCAAGGAGAACAAGUCGCUGCGUCAGGAGGCAGAGAGGGUACACAGGAAGCACGAGGAGGAGGAGAAGAAGAAAGCGGCCGAGGCAGAGAAGUCGAGCAAGGAUGACAGCGCUGAACAGCAGAAGGACGGCGAGGAGGAGGAGGAAGAGAGCGUGGCCAACACGACGAGCCAGAGUGAUCAAAAGGGCGAUGACACAGGAGAUGACAAGAUGUGGGCGGAUGUGGAUAAGGAUUUGGGGGAUUUGUUGAGCGAGGUGAUCCCUGAAGAGGGCAAUGAGGAUGAAGAUGACGACGAGGACUCCCACCUCAACAGUGAGAGGUACGACAGAUUCAAGUAUAGUGAGAAGAAUGCCGAUGAGAGCCAGGAGGAUGACAAUGCUGCUAAGGAGGAGGAGGAAGAAGACGCCCAAACCGGCCAGGCGGAUGAUGAUGUUAAGGAGAAUGGAGAUAAUGCAGAAGUAGCAGCAUAAGAGCACGUUCCUCUUUCAAUUGUGGACAGUCUUAAAUUUAAUGGGCAAAUAAAUUUAUUAGAGUUCAAAAUCA